AUGAGAAAACAGGUAAAGCCACCACUACCUGCCGGUUACUGGGGUAAUGGCUGUGUUCCAAUGUACGCGCAGCUUAGUGCCAAAGAGUUGGUAGAGAAACCUAUUUGGGAAACAGCACAGCUGAUCAACAAGAGCAAAAGCAGAGCCACUGAUGAAUAUGUUCGCUCAUUUAUUGACUUCCAGCAUCUGCAUUACGGAGAUGGGAUCACAGCAGGAAAAGGAGUGAGUGGAUUCACAGAUUGGAGGCACUUAGGCCACUCAACUGUUGAUUUUGGUUGGGGUGGUCCUGUAACAGUUUUGCCGCUCUCAAGAAACCUUCUUGGAAGUGUUGAGCCUUGCUUUUUCUUACCUUAUUCUUCGGUGAGUGCUGGAAGGAAGGAUGGUUUCAAGGUGUUAGUGAAUUUGCGAGAGAGUGCCAUGCCUGCUUUCAAGGAAGAGAUGAAGGAGUUUGGCAACCACGAGUUUGGGCUGUCUAGAUAUUAA